CGCAACGGCUAUCGUCGUAUGUGGUUCAUUACUUGCCUUCACUUUAGACAUAAUCAUACUUGAAUAAUGUAUAUAUAGAGUGUAUUGCUGCUUCAAUGUCGUAUAAUUUAUUGAGCAAGCACGCUAUGUGGCGCCGCUUCUUCCUUUGUGGCCUUUCAUUUGAAUCUUUCAACUCCCUGCUGGCUGUUAAAAGACUUUUCGUAUUCUCUUCUUAUUCCUGGACUUGUGUUGUGUAGUUUAGGCGCGGGAAAACUCAAAGUUCAUCAACACCCGGACUUGAUCGGUUACACACAGCUCAUCACUCGCAUAUAAAUUGAGGAAAAUACAAAUACAAUUUUCCUUUCUUCAUGACUUUUGAUUUUGGGUUCGAGACUACCUCCGACGAGGCCGCUGCAGCCUUAGAGGACCAGAUAAAAGGAAAAACCAUCCUUAUUACAGGAGCUUCGCUAAAUGGCAUCGGAGCAGAGACAGCUAAUGCCCUGGCUAAGCAUCAACCGAAACUGGUCAUUGUAGCUGGACGACGACAAGAAGCUUUGGACGAAACUAUUCAAAAGAUCAAACAAGAGACACCGGAUGCUAACUUGCGCUCUCUCAUCAUUGACUUGGCUUCAUUUGAAUCCGUGAAAGCUGCCGCAGAGCAAGUCAACCAGUAUGAAGAACCGAUUGAUAUUUUGAUCAAUAAUGCUGCCAUUAUGGCUCCACCUUAUCACACCACACAGGAAGGGUUUGAAGCGCAGUUCGGCACAAACCACCUUGGUCCAUUCUUGUUCACAGCUCUGAUUUUCGAUCGCAUUUUGGCUUCGAGCACUGGAGAACCACGUAUCGUUAACGUUGCUAGCCGUGGGCAUAUAUUAUGCCCUAUCCUCUUCGACGACUACGGUUUCUCAGACGGCAAGAAGUACAAUAAAUGGCACGCCUAUGGUCAGUCCAAAACCGCCAACAUGUUGUUUUCGAAGGAACUGGCCAAGAGAUAUAAGAACAAAGGCUUACUGUCCUUUAGUUUGCAUCCUGGUGUGAUAGCCACUAACUUGUCCAGAGACGUUCACGAAUCUCAGGAAGAAAAGCUACAGCGAAAAACAUAUGACGGAAUACUCUAUUACUCUGUCAACUCUACAAAGCAGAAAACUAUUUCUCAAGGAGCUUCCACAACAAUUGUUGCUGCCUUUGAUCCGAGCCUCAAGCCAUAUUCCGGCUCAUACUUACAAGACUGUCGCGUCGACUAUGAAAGUCCUAGAGAGUAUGCCUUGGAUGAUGCUAACGCUGAGAGACUUUGGACUAUGAGCGAGAAGCUUGUUGGGAAGAAGUUUCCGUAGUUCUGUAGAAG